AUGGCGGAGAGACUGCCAACUUCGUCCUCGUCAGGACGCAGGCGACGCGAAGCCGAUGCCUCCAUUGGUGAUUUCGUUAUUGGAGGAGAAAUCGGCAAGGGCAGCUUUGCCCAGGUAUACAGUGGUUACCACAAGAGCUCCAAAGCAACUGUAGCGAUCAAGUCGGUCGAAACCGGACGCCUGAACAACAAGCUCAGAGAGAACCUGUAUGGCGAGAUUCAGAUCCUCAAGACCCUGCGCCAUCCUCAUAUCGUCGCUCUCCACGACUGUGUGGAGUCGGCAACACACAUCAACCUGGUCAUGGAAUACUGUGAGCUUGGCGACCUGUCGCUCUUUAUCAAGAAGAGGGACAAGCUUAGCACCAAUCCUGCAACCCAUGACAUGGCAAGAAAGUACCCCGUCACACCAAACUCCGGUCUGCACGAAGUCGUUACUCGCCACUUCUUGCAACAACUGGGCAGCGCCCUCAAGUUCCUACGAGAGCGAAACUACGUCCAUCGAGACGUCAAGCCUCAGAAUCUACUUCUCUUGCCAUCACCCAAGUUCAGAGAAGAACACUCGCGUCCAAUCUUGACUGCUAGUCAGGACUCAUUGAUUCCUAAUGCCGGCUUGGCCUCUCUGCCAAUGCUGAAGCUCGCAGACUUCGGUUUCGCUCGUGUUUUGCCAUCUACUUCGCUUGCGGAUACUCUUUGCGGUUCGCCACUGUACAUGGCCCCUGAAAUUCUCCGUUACGAGCGAUACGAUGCCAAGGCCGAUCUUUGGUCUGUUGGUACGGUGUUGUACGAGAUGAUCACCGGACGUCCUCCUUUCCGUGCUAGGAACCACGUGGAGUUGCUCCGGAAGAUUGAAAGCGCCGAGGAUCGGGUUAAGUACCCGAAAGACCUUGUCGUCAGCAAGGAACUUGUCAAGCUCAUCAGCAAACUUCUGACAAGGGCGCCUGUCGAACGGAUGAGAUUCGAAGACUUCUUCAAUGACCCGAUCGUAGUCGACCCCAUUCCCGGAGUGGUCGAGGACGACAUUCCAAAGCCGGAGGUCAAACCUUCCAGAGACCUUCGAUCCCUCGGCAGGUCCGACUCAACAUCUUCGCUGUCUCGCCGCUUAUCCUUGCGCCGUCAGACCGAGAAUGAAACUGUCCGAGUGAAGGCCGCGCUCAGCAAGCUGCCGAUGCGACAGCUCGUGUAA